AUGGAGGAAUCCAUCUUCCUCCCUUUCGUCAACAGCCACACCACCUCCCCUUCCAUGGGACCCUCGGAACCUUUCAUGGGACCCGACGAUUUCAUGAGUCUCUCAUCGACGAGCCUGGACGAACACCCAAUGAAAAGGGUGCGGUCGCGCGUGUCGAAGCGUAUCUCCCCGCAGUCGUCUACCAAGGAUCUUCCCGCAACGGGUCACAGCCGCUCAACCAUGUCCCUCGGCGCCGUGCAUGCCAUCGGGAAACGCACUUCCGGCGCACUUCUCAGCACUAGCGGCGAGUCGACUUACCUCUCUCUGACCGACGACUCUUCCUCUCCGCAGUCCAGCCCCACCGCCGAAGAGCCCAUGACGCCACCCACCACCCCGCCUGCCAGCGAGCCGCAUCUUCCCAUCCACAGCCCCAGAAUUCGCACCGAGAACCCUUGGAAGAAGAUGGGUAUGAAGCUUGGCUUUAAGAAGCGUUCCACUGGAGGCAGCAAUGGUGGUCCUCGCGAUCCCAAGGUUCUUGGUCUUGACGACUAA